AUGACGUGGCCGGGCGGAGCGGAAGUGGCGUCGCAGGUCGGCGUUGGCGGCGGGGCGCGGGCCGGCUCCGCGGCGGGGCCUGCUGCGUGCGCGGGGAUGCGGAGGCCCGAGAUGGCGGUGCCCGGGCUGCAGCUCUGUGCGGCCGCCGCGCUCUUUCUCUUCCUGUGCCUAGCGCUGCGCGCCCGCGCCGACGAGCACGAACACACGUACCAAGAUAAAGAGGAAGUUGUUUUAUGGAUGAAUACAGUAGGACCCUACCACAAUCGCCAAGAAACAUACAAAUACUUCUCUCUUCCUUUCUGUGUGGGAUCAAAAAAAAGCAUCAGCCAUUACCAUGAAACCCUAGGAGAAGCACUUCAAGGAGUUGAAUUAGAAUUCAGUGGACUUGACAUCAAAUUUAAAGAUGAUGUAAUGCAGACCACUUACUGUGAAGUUGACUUGGACAAGGGGAGAAGAGAUGCAUUUGUAUAUGCUAUCAAAAAUCACUAUUGGUAUCAGAUGUAUAUUGAUGACUUGCCAAUAUGGGGCAUUGUUGGAGAAGCAGAUGAAAACGGAGAAGACUAUUACCUUUGGACUUACAAGAAGCUUGAAAUUGGUUACAAUGGAAAUAGAAUUGUAGAUGUCAAUCUGACUAGUGAAGGAAAGGUGAAAUUGGUACCAAACACAAAAAUCCAGAUGUCGUAUUCGGUGAAAUGGAAGAAAUCAGAUGUGAAGUUUGAAGACCGAUUUGACAAGUACCUUGACCCAUCUUUCUUUCAGCACAGAAUUCACUGGUUUUCAAUUUUCAAUUCUUUUAUGAUGGUGAUCUUUCUGGUUGGCCUAGUGUCUAUGAUAUUAAUGAGAACUUUGCGAAAAGAUUAUGCAAGAUACAGCAAGGAGGAAGAAAUGGAUGAUAUGGACAGAGAUCUAGGUGAUGAGUAUGGGUGGAAGCAGGUCCAUGGAGAUGUGUUUAGACCAUCCAGUCACCCUCUAAUAUUUUCAUCGCUUAUUGGUUCUGGUUGUCAGAUUUUUGCUGUGUCUCUUAUAGUCAUUGUUGUUGCAAUGAUAGAAGAUUUAUAUACAGAGAGAGGAUCAAUGCUUAGUACAGCUAUAUUUGUUUAUGCUGCAACAUCACCAGUGAAUGGAUAUUUUGGAGGAAGCCUUUAUGCGAGACAAGGAGGAAGGCGAUGGAUAAAGCAGCUGUUUAUUGGAGCCUUCCUUAUUCCAGCAAUGGUGUGUGGAACUGCCUUCUUCAUUAACUUCAUUGCCAUCUAUUAUCAUGCUUCAAGAGCUAUACCCUUUGGAACCAUGGUGGCAAUGUGCUCUCUUUGUUUCUUUGUCAUUCUUCCACUGAACCUCGUUGGUACAGUUCUGGGCCGAAAUCUGUCAGGGCAGCCUAAUUUUCCAUGUCGUGUCAAUGCCGUGCCUCGUCCCAUACCAGAGAAGAAAUGGUUUAUGGAACCAGCUGUUAUUGUUUGCUUAGGCGGAAUCCUCCCUUUUGGAUCAAUUUUUAUUGAAAUGUAUUUCAUUUUUACAUCAUUCUGGGCUUACAAGAUCUACUACGUUUAUGGCUUCAUGAUGUUGGUUCUGGUGAUCCUCUGCAUUGUGACAGUUUGUGUGACUAUCGUUUGUACGUAUUUCCUGCUGAACGCAGAGGAUUACAGGUGGCAAUGGACGAGCUUUCUUUCUGCGGCAUCAACUGCGAUUUAUGUUUACAUGUACUCCUUUUACUACUACUUUUUCAAGACAAAGAUGUAUGGCCUGUUUCAAACAUCAUUUUACUUUGGCUAUAUGGCAGUAUUUAGCACAGCUUUGGGAAUAAUGUGUGGAGCUAUUGGUUACAUGGGAACAAGUGCCUUUGUUCGUAAAAUCUACACUAAUGUGAAAAUUGACUAAGAAAAUAAGAAAAUUGAACUAUGGCUCAUUUCCUGUUUUCAUGGGGAUGAACUUGCACAACAAAAAGCGCGAGAAGAGAUUUGAAUUUCAACACUGGGCACUAUAUGGGUCUCCCAUUUUGUGGAUGGCUUAAAGUAACAUCUAUUUCAUUGAUCCUAGGUUAUUACUGACUGCUUUCUCCAACUGUUCACAGCAAAUGCUUGGAUUAUAUGCAGUAGGCAUUACUACAGUAUGUGGCUAAUCUUUCCCCCC